AUGGCCGACGAUACUGUCGCAGAGCUGAACCAACGGUUCGGCGCCGGGAACAAGGACUUGGAACCCGAUGUCGUCGCCGAGCUCAGGUCCAUCAUGCGCCUGCACCAGCUGUCUGUCCAGGACCUCUUCUUCAAGUGGGAGUCAUACUGCAUCAAGAUGGACAUGAAAGAAUUCAAUCCUUCAAUCGACACGCUUCGGGCUUUCAAGCAAGACCUGCAGGACACUCUUGAGCGGAACAACCGAUCUCAGGUGCACAUCAAAACCGAAAAGCGAGUCGGCGCAACCCCGCGCGCGGCCAAAGGUGCCAAUGUGUUUGGGAUGCUGGAUGGACUUGCUACACCAGGGCCCGUUAGGCCCGUCAAGUCUUCUUCUUCUGCGAAGAGAACCCCCGCAGUCCCCAGAGUAAGGCCCGAGCCGACAACGAGCUCACCUGUGAAAGUGGAGGAUCAGCCAAUUUCGCUGGGCAACAUCCCUCCGUCAUCCUUUGCAGAUCGACCUAACCCUGGCGAGGUUAUCGAGAUCCUCAACGAGCAUUUACAAGCCGCCGAGCCGCCAGUGGCCCCCUUCAACGAGUCCCGCAUCAAGCUUACCGCUACCUCAGACCAGAAAAAGCUAGGGUACAAACCUCUCGCAAUGAAGCUGUCCGAGGCGUCUGAAAUCUUGGACGACCGAAUAGACGACUUUGUCGACUUGGUCAAGAAGCACCACAGCCUGGAGGACUCGGCAUUCGGCAAUCCUGCGAGCCAAGGGACGUCUGAAAUUGUCGCCGUCGGCCGCAUUGCAUCAGACUCCUUAGAAGGCAAGUUGAAUGCCGCGUCGCUGGUUUUAGAGACGUCAAGGCGGAUCGGUAACGGGCUGCGAGUGCCACUCAAUCUAAGCAAGCUUACGGGAUACCAUUUUUUCCCGGGCCAGAUCGUUGCGCUCAGGGGCAUCAACAGCUCCGGGCGCGAAUUCACAGUCCACCAACUGCUCGACAUCCCCCUGCUCCCUUGUGCUGCCUCUGCGCCCGACGCCUUAUCCGCACACCUAGAAAGGUUACGUGGCGGGCCCGACGCUAUGGCCUCCGACUCGGAGCCGAUGCCCCUGAACAUCCUCUUCGCCUCCGGUCCCUACACGGCCGAUGACAACCUCGACUUCGAGCCCUUGCACGAGAUCUGUAAGGAAGCGGCAGACACCUGUGUCGACGCUUUGGUCCUAAUCGGCCCUUUCAUUGACACAGAACACCCCCUAAUCGCCUCGGGCGAUUUCGAUCUGCCCGAGGAUGUGCGCUACGACCCGGACCAAGCAACCAUGAACACCGUCUUCAAGCAUCUAAUUUCGCCCCCCCUCCACCGACUAGUCGCCGCCAACCCGCACAUCACCAUCCUCCUGGUCCCCUCGACCCGCGACGCGGUGGACAAGCACGUCUCGUGGCCGCAGGAAGGGUUCCCGCGCCGCGAGCUCGGCCUGCCCAAGACGGCCCUAGUCCUCGGCAACCCCAUGGCCUUCAGCAUGAACGAGAUGGUGCUGGGCGUCAGCAGCCAGGACAUCCUCUGGGAGCUGCGCCACGAAGAGCUCGUCGGCGGCAAACCCGCCGACCAGGCCCUGCUGUCGCGCGCGUCCCGGUAUCUGAUCGAGCAACGCCACUACUUCCCGCUGUACCCCCCGACAGACAGGCAGAAGCUGCCCAAGACGGGCACCGCCGAGGGGGUGCCGCCCGGUGCCAUGCUCGACGUGAGCUAUCUGAAACUGGGCGAGAUGGUCAAUGUCCGGCCGGAUGUGCUGGUUGUGCCGAGCUUGCUGCCGCCGUUUGCAAAGGUCGUGGAGAGCGUGGUGGUCAUCAACCCCGGCUAUCUCUCCAAACGGAAAGGUCCUGGGACAUAUGCAAGGAUGACUCUGUACCCGCCCGAUAUGUCCCGGCUCGAGAUCGCCAGUGGAGGGAUGGCCCCGCAUAAGAUAUUUGAGAGGGCGAGGGUGGAAAUCACGAGGAUUUGA